AGACAACAACAACAACAACAACAAAAUGGGGAAAGCAACAACAACAAAAUUACAUUUUUCUUUCCCAUUUGAUAGAUAACAACAUUGACCACCACCACCACCACCAGUGAUUGGUAUAUAAAUGGAUAGUCAUUCAAACUGAAUUUAUAUAUUGAUUUUUUUUUUAAUUUUGAUUCAAGAAUAAAUAACCUGAUGAAUCGAUUGAAAAUGUUUGCCAAAUUUUUCUUAAUUAUAGUGAUUCUUUUAUUUCUAAGUACAACAACUAUUGAAUCGAUCAAUGGUGCUUCCAAUGGUGAUCAUCAUCAAUGUAAUGAAAAACGUAAAAUCAAUAUCGAUCGUACUGUAUCGAAAAUAUUGGCAUUCGGUGAAAAUGGCCGUACAUUUCCAGAGAAUGAUAAACAAUUACGAUCAUUUUGUCGUGAUACCAAUGAUAUGACAGCAAAAGUUGAAACAUAUUUCAAAGAAUGUAGCGUUAAAAGUCAACAAGAUUUUGCCAAUGUUUUUAUUUAUUCACUUAAACAUGUUGUACGUACAUUAUGUCGUAAACGUAGAUCGAAAAAAGUGACACAAUUCCUAAAAGUUGCACCAUGUCUUAAUCAAUUUAUUUUUGAUGAUCGUUGUAUAGCCGGUUUCUCCAAUCAAUCUAAACCAUUGAUUGUGGCUAAAAUUGGUAAUAAAAAAUUGGAACAUGUUUGUUGUAAUUAUGCAGCAGCAAUGACCUGUGUUGAUGAUUGGAUUAUGGAACGACCAUGUUCACGUGAUUAUCGUGAAUUGCUAAAUGAUUAUGUACGUGGUGUAUUCGAUAAUAUGAUUACAGUUAUUUGUGGUGAUAAUAAUGGUGAUUCAGAUAAAUGUGAUCAUAUUAUGAAUAAGAAAUUACCGAAAAUGACCGCAAUACAAGCUGAACGUUUAAAUGUUAAUCCAUUCAAUUCAUUCAUGUUCAUUAUGAUGGACAUAUUUGAUUCAUUAGAGAAUGUUUAAAAACAACAA